GGUCGUCGAGGCCGUUCGUUCAUCAUGGCUCUGUUCCCAGUUUCCCCCAUUAUAGAGAUCUUUAGAUGGAGCCUGCAACCAACGGCUCCCUUUACGUGGUUUGGGUCGCCAAUUAGCACCCUAGACGUCGUUGCAGCCUUUCGACUAUGCCUCGCAAUGAGGCAGGUCCGAGAAGCCACCCUCCAGCAACACCUUGCUUCCAAGAAAGGAGGGAAACUCGAGCCUUACUCGCUCGUCAAGAGCGUUGCCACGACCUUCCUGGUGGUCUAUGGAGGAGAGGCCAUUACAGGUCCCAUGUUGGGCUUUACGCCCUCUUUCAUGCUCUCAGGAGCUGUUCCUGCACUCUACGCAACCGUCCAGGCCAUUGUCGACAACCUCCCCGCUGUCCCAGCACCCUCAGCUGAUUUAGAGCUGCCUCUAUCCGUCCUCGACGGCAUUACACGUGCCUACCUGCUCUGCAACUUGAUUCCACCAACGGUGACAGCUAACGCAUCCCCUUCGAUUUCCACCUCCCCCUGGACGCUCCUGAUCACAUCUCUGUUGACGGCCAACGCCGGUUUCUUCUUCGUGAACCUCUUCUCCUUCUUUAACCCCACGUCCCUGAGCAUCCAAACUCCCCCUGAACUCUUGCCUUAUGGCUGGAGUACCGCCGACCUUUGGUGUGCUCCAGCAACAACCGCGUUAUACGCGUUGUUGACCCACGCCCAACCAUUCUGGGGGGACCUCCACACCCUCUUCUUCCAACUUGCCAAUGGCAGUGAUUUCGCACAGAAGAGGCCCGAACCGCUCGAUCCUGAGGUGGCUCGAGCAAUCUGCGCGGUGCUUCUCUCCGGUCUCUUCAUCGGGAGGGCUGCAAAGAACUUUGGUCUUUGGAAUCCCAAGCUUCCUGCUGUGGCUGUUUCUCCAUCUGAGAAGAAAGUCAAGGAGAAGGCUCAGUGAAAUGAAAGGCCCUGUUCACCCUCUUUAUCCGGACGGUGUCUUAACGAAUGGAUGCGCUUCUUAUGAUUCUCAAUGGGACAUCACUUCCCUACGACUAACGGACACUCAACUACCCUUGCACUACCCCUUUGUGUUAUUACCCAACCACGACACUCACGCCUUGCAUCGCCA